AAAUGGGCCAACUUGUAGCUAGACAGAAAUGUUAUUAGGGCACGGUGGUGUAGCUUAAUAUUUGGGAACAAUUUAAUAAGUCAAUAUUUGAGAAGCAUCAAAACUGACCAUACAACCCAGUCAUCAGAAACCCUAAGGGUCAAAAAUCUUACGAAAUGGGAAGACUCUGAAAAGAGUAGCUAUAAUAAUGAAGAGAAAAAAGCCUAAACUGGUGCAGGAAAAGGGCUGAGUAAUUUUUUUUUUUUUUACUAUAAUUAGAAGUUGUUAGGCAUAAAUUUUGUACUCUCAACAUCAGAACUGUCGUUUACAGGCAAGGCGUGUCUCUUCAGUUUUAUUCUUUACCUUUUUAUAGUAUGUACUACUACAAGUAGUUGCUGAUUUAACAAAUAUAAAUAUAGAUGAUGCUGUCAGAGUGUUUCCAAAUGACAAUUACAGUCACCUAAAGUGAAGGCAGUGCUUGACAGAAUUUAAAUUUGUGGCUCCAUAAUUUAUUAUGCAGUUGAAUAAAAGCCAUUGGUAUCAUGUAUUAAUUUGAGUUACAGAAUAAUUGAGGGAACUUUUUAGGGAGGGCUUACAUUUGUAUAAAAGUGUUAUUAGAAUUGUAGGGGAUUUUUUAAUCAUAGCAUUUCUUUUCAAAUAUGAUAUGACAACUUGAAAGGAGUUAAAUCGUAUUAAUUCAACUCAUUUUCCAGUUAUGAGCUGUUGCUCGUUAUCAGCUGGUGGGUGUGGGAACAAAUUAAUAAAGUUUGGGUAAUUUAGUUUUCAGUUUAAAUUCUCAACUGGCAAUUGGCCGAAAAGUCCCAUCUGAAGAUGUGAACAUCCAGUGUCAUUUUGUGAUUUGGCUACUGUCUGCUUGACAUAGGAAAGCACCACCAAGAAAAUCCAAUGGAGUGACUCAGGAAAUCAAAGGAAAAUCUUAAACUUCCACCACAAGAAGAUUAGAAAGAGAUCCCUCCUGCACCAAGAAAGAUCUGCAGAUCUUUUUCAGUGUUCUUGGAGGUAUGGGGUCUGAGAACUUGGUCAGUUUGUGUCACCACCUUGUUCUCUAAAGUUACAAAUUAUAAUACUGUGGUAGAAACAAAUUCAGACUCAGAUGAUGAAGACAAACUCCAUAUUGUGGAAGAAGAAAGUGUUACAGAUGCAGCUGAUUGUGAGGGAGGUGUGCCAGAAGAUGAUCUGCCAACAGACCAAACAGUGUUACCAGGGAGCAGCGAGAGAGAAGGGAAUGCUAAGAAUUGCUGGGAGGAUGAUGUAAAAGAUGAUGAAUGCGACUCAGACGCAGAAAAUGAGCAAAACCAUGAUCCAAAUGUUGAAGAGUUCCUGCAGCAACAAGACACUGCUGUCAUUUAUCCUGAGGCACCAGAAGAGGACCAGAGGCAAGGCACGCCAGAAGCCAGUGGUCACGACGAAAAUGGAACACCAGAUGCAUUUUCCCAAUUACUCACCUGUCCCUAUUGUGACAGAGGCUAUAAACGCUUUACCUCUCUGAAGGAACACAUUAAGUAUCGCCAUGAAAAGAACGAAGAUAACUUUAGUUGCUCCCUGUGCAGCUACACCUUUGCAUACAGAACCCAACUUGAACGUCACAUGACAUCACAUAAAUCAGGAAGAGAUCAAAGACAUGUGACGCAGUCUGGGGGUAAUCGUAAAUUCAAGUGCACUGAAUGUGGAAAAGCUUUCAAAUACAAACAUCACCUUAAAGAGCACUUAAGAAUUCACAGUGGAGAGAAGCCAUAUGAAUGCCCAAACUGCAAGAAACGUUUUUCCCAUUCUGGUUCCUAUAGCUCACACAUAAGCAGUAAAAAAUGUAUCAGCUUGAUGCCUGUGAAUGGGCGACCAAGAACAGGACUCAAGACAUCUCAGUGUUCCUCACCAUCUCUCUCAGCAUCACCAGGCAGUCCCACACGGCCACAGAUACGGCAGAAGAUAGAGAAUAAACCCCUUCAAGAACAACUUUCUGUAAACCAAAUUAAAACUGAACCUGUGGAUUAUGAAUUCAAACCCAUAGUGGUUGCUUCAGGAAUCAACUGUUCAACCCCUUUACAAAACGGGGUAUUUAGUGGUGGUGGCCCAUUGCAGGCAACCAGUUCUCCUCAGGGUGUGGUGCAAGCUGUUGUUCUGCCAACAGUGGGUUUGGUGUCUCCCAUAAGUAUCAACUUAAGUGAUAUUCAGAAUGUACUGAAAGUGGCCGUAGACGGUAAUGUAAUAAGGCAAGUUUUGGAGAAUAAUCAAGCCAAUCUUGCAUCCAAAGAACAAGAAACAAUCAAUGCUUCAUCCAUACAACAAGGUGGCCAUUCUGUUAUUUCAGCCAUCAGUCUUCCUUUGGUUGAUCAAGAUGGAACAACCAAAAUCAUCAUCAACUACAGUCUUGAGCAGCCUAGCCAACUUCAAGUUGUUCCUCAAAAUUUAAAAAAAGAAAAUCCCGUCCCCACAAACAGUUGCAAGAGUGAAAAGCUACCGGAAGAUCUUACUGUUAAAUCUGAGAAGGACAAAAGCUUUGAAGGGGGAGUGAAUGAUAGCACUUGCCUUCUGUGUGAUGACUGUCCAGGAGACCUUAACGCACUUCCAGAACUAAAGCACUAUGACCUGAAGCAGCCUGCUCAACCCUCUCCACUCCCUGCACCGGAAGCUGAGAAGCCCGAGUCCUCUGUCUCAUCAGGUACUGCAGAUGGCAAUUUAUCCCCCAGUCAACCACCUUUAAAGAACCUCUUGUCUCUUUUAAAAGCAUAUUAUGCUUUAAACGCACAACCAAGUGCAGAAGAGCUCUCAAAAAUAGCUGAUUCAGUAAACCUACCACUGGAUGUAGUAAAAAAGUGGUUUGAAAAGAUGCAAGCUGGACAGAUUUCAGUGCAGUCUUCGGAACCAUCUUCUCCUGAACCAGGCAAAGUAAACAUCCCCGCAAAGAACGAUAAUCAGCCUCAGUCUGCAAAUGCAAAUGAGCCCCAGGACAGCACCGGAAAUCUCCAGAGUCCUUCGAAGAUGACAAACUCUCCCGUUUUACCAGUGGGAUCAACCAGCAAUGGUUCCAGAAGUAGUACACCAUCCCCAUCACCUCUAAACCUUUCCUCAUCCAGAAAUGCACAGGGUUACUUGUACACAGCAGAGGGUGCACAAGAAGAGCCACAAGUAGAACCUCUUGAUCUUUCACUACCAAAGCAACAGGGAGAAUUGCUGGAAAGGUCAACUAUCACUAGUGUUUACCAGAACAGUGUUUAUUCUGUCCAGGAAGAACCCUUGAACUUGUCUUGCGCAAAAAAGGAGCCACAAAAGGACAGUGGUGUUACAGACUCAGAACCAGUUGUAAAUGUAAUCCCACCAAGUGCCAACCCCAUUAACAUUGCUCUACCUACAGUCACUGCCCAGCUGCCCACAAUUGUGGCCAUUGCUGACCAGAGCAGUGUCCCAUGCUUACGAGCAAUAGCUGCCAAUAAGCAAACCAUUCUGAUCCCCCAGGUGGCUUACACAUACUCAACUACAGUCAGCCCUGCAGUCCAGGAACCACCCUUGAAAGUGAUCCAGCCAAAUGGAAAUCAGGAUGAAAGGCAAGACACUAGCUCAGAAGGAGUAUCAAAUGUAGAGGAUCAGAAUGACUCUGAUUCUACACCACCCAAAAAGAAAAUGCGGAAGACGGAAAAUGGAAUGUAUGCUUGUGAUUUGUGUGAUAAGAUAUUUCAAAAGAGUAGCUCAUUAUUGAGACAUAAAUAUGAACACACAGGGAAAAGACCCCACGAGUGUGGAAUCUGUAAAAAGGCUUUUAAACACAAACACCACUUGAUCGAACACAUGCGGUUACAUUCUGGAGAAAAGCCCUACCAAUGUGACAAAUGCGGAAAGCGCUUCUCACACUCCGGGUCUUACUCUCAGCACAUGAAUCACCGCUACUCGUAUUGCAAGAGGGAAGCGGAGGAGCGCGACGGCGCGGAGCAGGAGGAGGCGGGCCCCGGGGUCCCCGGCGAGCGCGGCGCCAGGGCUUCGCCCUCGCAGGGGGACUCGGACGAGAGGGAGAGUUCGACAAGGGAAGAGGACGAAGACAGUGACAAGGAGGAAGAGGAGGAGGAGGAGAAGGAGAUGGAAGAGUUGCAGGAGGAAAAGGAAUGUGGAAAACCACAAGGGGAUGAGGAAGAGGAGGAGGAGAUGGAGGAGGAGAUGGAGGAGGAGGAGGCAGAAGAGGCGGAGGAGGAGGAGGGAGGAACAAAAACUGAAGGUCCCGUGCAGGCCGAGGGAGCUGCCGGCCGGGCGAGCAGCCUGGAGCAAAAAGUAAGCGAGGAUAGUGAGCAGGUGUCUGAAGAGAAAACAAAUGAAGCCUAAUAGUUUUUCUAGAAGGAAAAUAAAUUCUAAAUUGGUAAUGAAGUUUGUUCUAUAUUACCCAUGCUUUUCAUGGAAACACAGUAACCUGUAUGCUGUGAUUCCCGUUCACUACUGUGUAAAGUAAAAACUAAAAAAAAAAAAAAACACAAAAUACAAAAAAAAAAAACAACAAAAACAAAAAAAACCAUACAAAAAAAAAAAAUAUCCAGGUGUGCCUGAACUUCAGACCUAGUAAUUUUUCAUGCAGUUUUCAAAGUUAGGAAAACGUUUGUAACAAGAAGCAGAUUAGAAAACUUAAAUGACUCAGAGAACAAAGAUUAACAGGUUAAAGGAAACUGAUUAGAUGAGCAUCUGGCAUUGUCUUCUUUUAUCAGUAUUAUCAUUCUUAUGUUGGUUUAUUCUUAAGCUGUACAAUUGGGAGAAAUUUUAUAAUUUUUUAUUGGUAAACAUAUGCUAAAUCCGCUUCAGUAUUUUAUUAUGUUUUUUAAAAUGUGAGAACUUCUGCACUACAAAAUGCCCUUCACAGAGAAGUCUAAUGGAGUUCCAAACCAUGCUAACUACCUUUUAUAAAUCCAAGCUAGAAGGUAGUGAUUUCUAAUAUUUAGACGUCAUAGUAGAGCAUAUUAUCAUUUAAAGUGUAUUGUUAGCCUUAAGAAAGCAGCCGGUAGAAGAACUGAAGUUUCUUACUCAUG